AUGGCGGACAAUCCCCACGCCCAUUCCCCCAGAACUCGAUUUAUACGCAGUCUGCCAAAGACUGCCUCGUCGUCCUCAAUUGCAGACAUGAGGGUCAACGAAUCCCAGAAACUUCGAGUCCUUAUCGCAGCAAAUGGAUCCAAGGACGUGGCACAAGCACUGUCACUGGUCGUACGGCUGUCGAAGAACACGAAGAUAGAAACGAGGGCUAUUGUCGACGAGGAAUCAUGGCCGGCCCACCGAUUAUCCCAAGAGACACUGGCAUUACAGAAUAGAUGCUUCCGAGCCUGCAGGGAGACGGAUGAAGCACAGAAGACUAUCGAACGAGCGCAGAUCGAAUACUACAAGCAGCAGGCAUAUGAACUAUGUGAUUGGGCAGAUAUGAUGGUACUGGCACCGAUCGAUGCAGACACAUUCGCAAAGAUGCUCCAUGGCAUAACUGACUGCCUACUGCUAGAAAUUCUACGCGGUUGGGAUGUCUCGAAGAAGAUACUGCUCGUGCCGGGGAUGACAACCGCAAUGUGGGAGAAUCCGAUGACGAAGAAACAACUCCAUAAGAUUCAGAAGAAGUGGCAGUGGGUGCGGGUCAUGCAGCCGAUUCUGUGGAAUUACGACAGUGGACCUUCGAAAUGCCUGCUGGCUUGGGAUGGGUUUAACGAGCUUGUAGAUGCGAUCAAGAACCAGGCGGAACUCAUGACUAUAGGACACGAUGUGGACAUAGCUGCUUCUGGAGCUGCUAGUCUGGCAAGAUAUAAUAUCAAGACCGAUUGUCUCCUCCCACCAGAGAUUUGGACGUUGAUCUUCGAACGGGUCGGAGACUGGGAGGUGGCCAGGGCACUUAAUGUAUACACGAACCUACCAACACCGAUCGAAUGGCAGCCACGGCCGGGGGAUGCAAAAGAUGAAUUACACAUUUAUAUGCGCUCGCUGGAAUGGACAAUUCUCACAUGUAGUACCGAGAAGAUUAUCGACAAGUUGAAAACAGCACCGGAGAACAUGAAGUUCCUGUCAAGUCUCUGUGUGAAACUUGUCAUCAAGUUUUGUCUCACAGAUCUCUUAACAUAUCUGGAGACAAAUUUCAAGGAGGUUUUCUGGUCUUCCUUUGGCCAGAAACUCUUACCUACCAAAGCCUCCGCCGGAUAUGGACGUACUGAGAUCCUCGAAUGGUGGCGGACGUCUCCCAGCUUUUUGUCCAAGGACUACACACCAGAGGCUAUCGAUGGAGCUUCCAAGUCUGGAUUCGUACAUGUUUUGGAUUGGUGGCGUCGUUCUGGCCUACCCCUGAAAUAUACCGAAUCCGCUCUGGAACAAGCAUCAUCGAAGGGACAUAUCAUUGUUCUCGAGUGGUGGAAACAAGCAAGUAUGCUACAAGGCUCCUACUAUGUGGAGAACGAGUCUCGACAGCGCCAUGUCUCGCCGUCAAGAGCAGGAGACGGGACCAGCACACCAAACGAAGCCCAACCUGCUUUAAGACUCAAACCAGGCAAAGCGCUUCUUGCCGCAGCACAGAACAACCAAUCGCUUGUCCUGCGCUGGUGGGAUAACUCUGGGAUCACCAUCUCGCACGACGAUUUGGUUGCGAAAAUCGCAUCUGCACAUGGACAUGUCGGUGUCCUAGAGACAUGGCGAGAGCUGAAAGGGGAGAAGAUGACAUUCGACAAUAAAGUCCUGGUUGAGCCAACGAAGAAUGGUCAUGUCGAUGUCUUGGAGUGGUGGAAGAAUAUUAGCAAAGGCGUAGAUGGACGACCGCCAGCUAGAGUGGAAUAUAAGACCUGCGAUAUCGAAGAGGCAUUGGAGGAUAGUGUGGGGAGCGAAGGGACAGCUUUCCAAGUGAAGAAGUGGUGGGCUCAGAAUGGAUUGAAUCUAGGGGUCCAGGUUAGCGAGUGGACAAAGGUCAAGGUUUUGUGA